AUGGCGGUUAAUGACGUGAGAAAGAAAAAGGUGCCACAGAGAAAGCCAAGGACGAUGAAGCGGCAGACUACAUUUUCCUACGAGGACUUGCUGGACGAGAUGGUGUGGGAGAUCUUAAUCAGGCUUCCCGUGGAAUCACUGAUGAGGUUCAAGUUGGUCAGCAAGGCUUGGCGCAGCAUCAUCUCGGAUCCUGUUUUUGUUCGUGCGCACCUCCGUUACUCCAAACAGAAACAUCACAACCCAUUAUCCUUCCUUAUCAUCCCCGAGACUUAUCUGGAAUCGGAUCCUUCCAACAUUGUCUCCACCAACAUCCGCCUCUACCACUGCUCUUUACAACAACAACAACAACAACAGCAACAACAACAACAACAACAACAAGAUGACAGAAUGAGCAGUAGUGCAAUUGCAACACUCCUUUACGGGAAGCACUUCCAGGCAGGCGAGUUUGGGUUGGUGUCCCAAAUGGCACACUGUGAUGGCUUGGUGCUGCUACCCACCGACACCAACACCUACAUCUUUUAA